UGCACUCAGAAAUGCUUUCACUUUUAGCAAUGCGUGUAUCGGGGAGGAACAACAAGCUGUCAAGGGUCAUUCUCGACUUUAUCUUAAAAUGUAGCUAUUAAUCGACCCAUUAGAUGUCGUUACCUUGUGCUAGAGUGCGCUGGUUGAUCCUAUCAAGGGGGAAGUGCUUUACAUCGGCCAGCAUUUACAGACUGAUCAAAGUCUGCACCUAACUCAUUUUUUCGUCUUUUUUUAUGGUCCCUGGAAUUAUUUGGAGAAGAGGGAACAACAAUGGGAGAUGAAACAGAUACGAGCCUUGAGGAGCUGCUGAAAUGCCCAGUGUGCCAGGACAUCUUCAGUGAUCCUCGGCAGCUGCCCUGUGGUCACAGUGUGUGCAUGAGCUGCCUGGAGAGGAUGCUGGACCACACCUCAGAGGUCCCCUUCCGCUGUCCAGACUGUAGGGGGAAUUUUGGAUCACUCCUGAGGAUACAGAAGAGCUACGCACUGUCCAGCAUUGCAGAGGAAUUCAAGCUGAUCAGGAAGAGAAAGGCCCAGCAGAAUAAAACAGUGUACUGUGACCUCUGCCCUGAAAAGAAGACCCUGGCCAAGAAAACCUGUCUGAAGUGUGAGGUGUCGAUGUGCAGUGAGCAUGCCAAGAACCAUCAUGAGCUGCCGGUGUUCACGGGACAUGUCUUAGUCAGCCCUCUGAGUGAUUUGCUGGAGAGGAAAUGCCCACAGCAUGAGGACAAAGUGCUCAAGUACUACUGCAGCACAUCCAGACGCUACAUGUGCAACAUCUGUGCCUUUGAGAAAAAGCAACUCAACCAGGCCACUGAGGCUUCCACUGUCCUGCGGCGACAGCUGACUGAGUACAUGGAUCAGCGCUUCAAAAGCCUGGAGGAGCAAAUGAAGGAAUCCAAUGAGUUGGUAAAAAUUCUCAAAAAAGAGAAAGCAAACCCUGCCAACCGGCCCCUCAACAGCGUCACCGUGGUGCUGCUUCUUCUGUGGUUUAUCGUUUUGUAUUACGCCUACAACUACUCUGUGGAGAACCAGGCAUUAACAGAAACGCUCGAGAUGCAGCAGAACCGUGUUGCAGAACUCCUGGUUGGUCCUGUAACGAGCCACCAUCCAGACUCGGAAAAUUCAGGGGUUCUAAGACUUGAUCUGGACUCAGCCAGUCCCUUCCUUGGAGUCUCCUCUGACCUCAGAACAGCAGAGAGAGUUAAAACCAAGCUUAACUAUCCCGAUGGAGCCAAACGCUUCGAUGAAGCCCCGCAGAUACUCUCCGCCCACUGCUUCUCCUCCGGUACUCACAUCUGGGAGGUGGAGGCUGAGGGAUACUGGGACAUCGCUGUAUCCUACCAGAGCAUCCAGCGCAAGAGCAAACACAACAGUGCCUUUGGAAACAACGCAGAGUCCUGGAGCCUUACACACAAUGGAAAAGGAAAUCUGUUUGUGUAUCAUAAUGGAGAAAAAACUGUGCUGUCUGCUACCCUGAAGAGCCAAAGAAUAGCAGUGAGCGUUAACAUUGAAGAUGGAAACAUAAUAUUCACUGCUGUGGAGUCUACAAUCAAGCAUCUGCACGAGUUCAAGACUAAUUUGACUGAGCCGGUGUGCCUUGGUCUGGGGCUCUACCGGGUCGACCCCCCCAGUAGAGCAUCCAUUGUCAAAGUCACAUAAUAAUCCUGAAACCUACAGUACGAUGAAGUUCAGUCACCACUGGAUUGCAGCUGCCAAAAAAAUAUUUAAGUCUUAAAGUGGAGUAAAAAAAUAAAGCCAAAAAUUUAAAAUUAAACUCAGGAAUUUAUUUUUGUAAAACAAAUGGUAUUAUAUGUACAGUAUGUGGUUAAUUUGUCAUUUAAUUAAAGAGAUUUUAUUUCAAUAUUUUUAAACUGGAAAAUAAGUUUUUAUUUAGAGUAUUAUAAAGUUGAGUCCUUGAGUGUUAUGAGUGAUUAUUCUGCUUAGACAUUCCUAUACUGCAUUGUUAGAACGUUUAAUGUUCAAACUAAAUAA